AUGAGCGAACAAAAUCAAAAACUUGUUAAGAAUAAUUUAUUGAAGCAUUUAUUACAAGAGUUAAAUUUAUCAGCCGGAUCAAUUGAGGAUAUCCUUGAUAAUGUUUUAGAUAAAACUUUUAAUACUGUUGACGAUAAUUUAGGAACUAUCUACAAACGCAAAAAAUUCUAUGAAAAAAAUUUUCCAUAUGUCAGUCCCAUUCAAAUUCCUCUCAAUAAUUCAAGUUCCAAGAAAAAACAAUUUUUUCAUUAUGUGCCUUUAAAAGGAACUAUUAAACAUGAUAUUUUUGAAGGUGUUCUUGCCUAUGACCUGAAAUUGUAUCUUGAUGAUCUUGUUGACAAAGGUUGGUUUUCAUAUAAAUUACUCAAUCAUUAA